AUGGCUUCACGUAGGCCGCGCUGGUGGCUCUGCUUGGUGCUGGCUUGCCUGGCUUGUGAGCAAUGCUUCUUCGAUUUCUUUGCCAAUCAGGAUCCUGGUUCCUCCGUCAACAAGACCGGGGUGAAGACUGGCAGCUACAGCCACUUGAAGCUCUUAAAACGGCUUCGAAAAGUAACGGCAACAGACCGGUCGUGGAAGGAGUAUUGCAAGCAGACAGGCUACGCAUCCACUUCGGACAUGCCAGAAGAUGUGCUGGAAAACUUUGUUCUGAAUCCGGUGCAUCAUCCAGCAGAUUGCUUGUCAGCAUUCGCGUGUGAAGCGAGACUUCCGAAAGUGUCGACUGACUUCGAGGACGAUGAACUGGAACUGGGCGGCUUCAUGGACUCGAACCUCUAUGGUUUGGUCAAGAGUGAGAAAGAGCAGCAGGCGGAACAAGAAAAGCGGGUUCUCCAGAUCACGGCUUUCAUUCGUGAUCCCAAGAAAGCCGAGUUGUGGCGAACAUUUUGCCUAGAAGCCUCGGAUCCGGACGAUGAGGAGUCCAGAGCAGUCAGGGCUGAGAUGGCAGCCAGGAGUGACCUGGGACGUCGAAAAACUGCCUUAGAAUCUUGGCUGGAUGCAGAGACAGGGAAGGCACCACCAAGUGGAAACAAAUGGGGGGUUUGA